CACAGAUGUAGUUUCUUCCUUGCAUGUUCUCAUUCUUCACCAGACAAUAAUGAUCUCUGUGUGAAGAAUUUUGGGAAGACAAAAGAAAAGCAUAGUCUGGGAGUAUAUUUGAUCAUCAAUUCUUUCAAUCACUUCCCAAACAAUUGGGUUGUACUUUUCCAACCCAUCAUCUGAAAUUUUGAGUUGAGAGUAAUUAUUUGAUUGGUUUCGGGCCAUCAAAAUGGCGGCGUCUUUGGUGGGAGAUGACUUAGCUAGGCAGAGUAGCAGCCGGAGGAGCUGGCGUUCUUCCAGUGUUAGAGAAAUGUGGAACACACAGGAUGUGUUCCAGCAGAGCAGCAGGCAGCAGACGGUGAAUGAGGAGGAGGAGCUGAAGUGGGCCGCCAUAGAGCGGUUGCCAACGUAUGAUAGGAUGAAAAGGGGGAUGCUCAGACAAUAUAUGAGCAAUGGGAGGGUUGUAGCUGAAGAAGUUGAUGUUGCACACCUUGGAGAUCAUGACAAGAAACAGUUGAUGGAGAGCAUACUUAAGGUUGUUGAGGAUGACAAUGAGAGGUUCUUGAAGAGGCUCAGGGCCAGAAAUGACAGGGUUGGUAUUGACAUUCCAAAGGUUGAGGUUAGAUACCAGAAUAUAUCAAUAGAGGGAGAUGCAUAUGUUGGCACCAGAGCACUUCCAACUCUGCUAAAUUCCACCUUGAACCAACUAGAGGGACUGAUUGGAUUGAUUGGACUCUCACCCUCAAAGAAAAGAGUUGUCAAGAUACUUCAUGAUGUGAGCGGUAUUGUUAAACCAUCAAGGAUGACACUGCUUCUUGGACCUCCGUCGUCAGGAAAAACAACACUGCUAAAAGCACUUGCUGGCAAACUGGAUAGGGAUAUAAGGGUAACUGGGAAAGUGACUUACUGUGGCCAUGAAUUCAAUGAAUUUGUGCCUCAGAGAACCUCUGCUUAUAUUAGCCAGCAUGAUCUUCAUUAUGGUGAGAUGACAGUUCGUGAAACGUUGGAUUUCUCUGGACGUUGCCUGGGAGUUGGAACAAGGUAUGAUAUGCUAGUAGAGAUGUCUAGACGAGAGAAAGAUUCAGGUGUCAAACCAGAUCCCGAAAUCGAUGCAUUCAUGAAAGCCACAUCUAUGUCGGGCAAGGAAACCAGUUUGAUCACAGAUUAUGUUCUUAAGAUACUUGGAUUAGACAUCUGUGCUGAUAUAAUGGUGGGUGAUGGCAUGAGAAGGGGUAUAUCUGGUGGACAAAAGAAACGUGUAACUACAGGAGAAAUGUUGGUUGGACCAGCGAAAGCUUUUUUCAUGGAUGAAAUAUCAACGGGGCUGGACAGUUCCACAACCUUUCAAAUUGUCAAGUUCAUGAGGCAGAUGGUUCAUAUUCUGGAUGUGACAAUGGUCAUCUCUCUCUUGCAGCCUGCACCGGAGACGUAUGAUCUUUUUGAUGACAUUAUCCUUAUUUCUGAGGGUCAGAUUGUGUACCAAGGUCCACGUGAGAAUGUGCUUGAAUUCUUCGAAUAUAUGGGGUUCAGAUGCCCUGAAAGGAAAGGUGUUGCAGAUUUCUUGCAAGAAGUGACCUCAAAGAAGGACCAAGAACAAUACUGGUAUAAGAAGGACCAAGCAUACAGAUAUGUCUCAGUGCCUGACUUUGUACAGGCUUUCAAAUCAUUUCAUGUUGGCCAACGACUUUUGGAAGACCUAAGAGUUCCAUAUGAUAAAAGAGCAGCCCAUCCUGCUGCCUUGGUGAAGGAAAAGUAUGGAAUAUCGAAUAUGGAACUCUUCAAGGCAUGCUUUGCAAGAGAAUGGCUGCUGAUGCAGCGUAACUCUUUUGUAUACAUAUUCAAAACUACCCAGAUUACAAUUAUGGCAACAAUUGCUUUCACGGUAUUCUUAAGGACAACAAUGAAAUACGGGGAACAAGAGGAUUCGGCAAGGUUUUGGGGAGCACUGUUUUUCAGUCUCAUCAACGUCAUGUUUAAUGGAGUGGCAGAGCUUUCAAUGACAGUUUUCCGGCUUCCUGUGUUCUUUAGGCAGAGGGAUGCCUUGUUCUAUCCUGGGUGGGCUUUUGGCUUGCCCAUUUGGAUAACCAGAAUUCCCAUUUCGCUGAUGGAAUCUUUUUUAUGGACAGCCAUAACAUAUUACACCAUAGGAUUUGCACCUGCUCCUAGUAGGUUCUUCAAACAGUUCUUGGCUUUCUUUGGUAUACAUCAGAUGGCAGUCUCCCUCUUCCGUUUCAUUGCUGGCCUUGGUAGAAGUGAGGUUGUUUCGGGCACAAUCGGUUCCUUUUCACUGCUGUUGGUUUUUAUUCUAGGAGGUUACAUUGUUGCUAAAGAUGAUAUUGAACCAUGGAUGAUAUGGGGAUACUAUGUUUCACCUAUGAUGUAUGGACAAAAUGCAAUUGCUAUCAAUGAAUUUCUUGACGACAGAUGGAGCACUCCUAUCAGUAAUGCCCGUAUGCCCACUGUGGGAAAGACCCUUCUCAAGGAGAGAGGCCUGUAUACAGAGGAAUAUUGGUAUUGGAUUUGUAUUGGGGCACUCUUCGCGUUUUCAGUUCUUUUUAAUGUUCUUUUCAUUGCAUCACUCACCUUCUUAAACCCUCUUGGCGAAACCAAAACUCUGAUCGAGAAUGAUGACUCUGAAACAAAGAGGAAACAGAAAUUGUCCAAUUCAGAAGGUAUUGAUAUGCAAGUUCGAAAUGCUCAAGGAAGUACUAGUUCAAAUGUUAAUGUUGCAAGCGGUCAAGCCAAACGAGGAAUGGUUAUGCCCUUCCAGCCCCUUUCACUUGCUUUCAACCAUGUCAAUUACUAUGUGGAUAUGCCUGUGGAAAUGAAGAGCGAAGGGAUUGAAGAGACUCGACUGCAACUACUUCGAGAUGUUAGUGGUGCAUUUAGGCCGGGUAUUCUGACUGCAUUGGUUGGUGUUAGUGGUGCUGGAAAAACCACCUUGAUGGAUGUCUUAGCUGGAAGAAAGACUGGCGGGUACAUUGAAGGAAGUAUUAGUAUCUCUGGAUACCCAAAGAACCAAGCCACAUUUACUCGGGUCAGCGGUUACUGUGAACAGAAUGACAUUCAUUCACCAUAUGUUACUGUUUAUGAAUCUCUCGUAUACUCUGCCUGGCUGCGUCUUUCGAGGGAUGCUACGAAGGAUAAACGAAAGAUGUUUGUUGAUGAGGUUAUGGAUUUGGUCGAGCUUAAUCCGUUGAGGAAUUCUUUAGUUGGACUGCCAGGAGUUGAUGGACUUUCAACUGAGCAGAGAAAGAGGCUCACUAUUGCUGUAGAGUUGGUUGCAAAUCCAUCCAUCAUCUUUAUGGAUGAGCCAACAUCAGGUCUUGAUGCUAGAGCAGCCGCUAUUGUUAUGCGUGCUGUAAGAAACACAGUCGAUACAGGACGAACUGUUGUAUGCACAAUUCACCAACCGAGUAUUGACAUUUUUGAAGCUUUUGAUGAGCUUUUCUUAAUGAAAAGAGGAGGACAGGUGAUUUAUGCUGGACCUCUUGGUCAUCAGUCUCAUGAGCUUGUUGAAUACUUUGAGGCUAUCCCUGGAGUUCCCAAGAUCAAAGAAGGCUACAAUCCUGCUACCUGGAUGUUAGACGUCAGCUCUGCUGCAGUUGAGGCUCAAAAUAAUAUUGACUUUGCAGAAAUAUAUGCAAACUCUGAGCUCUACAGGAGAAAUGAGGAACUUAUCAAGGAACUAAGCAUUCCACUACCAGGCUCCAAUGACCUUCACUUUCCCACCCAGUUUUCUCAAAGCUUCAUAGUUCAAUGCAAGGCUUGCUUUUGGAAACAACACUGGUCAUACUGGAGAAACUCGCGAUACAAUGCCAUUAGGUUUUUCAUGACGGCUGUCAUUGGCAUAAUCUUUGGUGUAAUCUUCUGGAGCAAAGGAGACUCGCUACAUAAACAACAAGACCUGAUCAAUCUUUUGGGAGCUACCUAUUCUGCUGUUCUUUUCCUUGGAGCUGGCAAUGCUUCUGCUGUGCAAUCCGUGAUUGCAAUUGAGAGAACAGUUUUCUACCGUGAAAGAGCAGCGGGAAUGUAUUCAGAGUUGCCUUAUGCAUUUGCUCAGGUGGCUAUUGAGACAAUUUACGUUGCAAUCCAAACCUUUAUGUACUCGUGUAUUCUGUAUUCUAUGAUUGGGUACACUUGGAAGGUAGAAAAGUUUUUGUACUUCUACUACUUCGUAUUCAUGUGCUUUACCUACUUCACGAUGAACGGAAUGAUGAUGGUUGCACUAACUCCUAACCAUCAAAUUGCUGCAAUCGUUUCGUCUUUCUUCACGAACUUCUGGAACUUGUUCUCUGGUUUCCUCAUUGCCCGGCCGCUAAUCCCAGUGUGGUGGAGGUGGUACUACUGGGGGUCUCCAAUUGCUUGGACAAUUUAUGGCAUCAUGGCAUCUCAAUUUGGUGACAUUAAGACCUUUAUUGAUACUCCUGAAGGAUCUCAGAGAGUGGAUCUAUACCUUAAGAAAAAUCUAGGUUAUGAACAUGACUUUGUAGUACCUGUGUUCUUCGCUCAUAUAGGUUGGGUCCUGCUCUUCUUCUUUGUCUUUGCCUAUGGUAUCAAGUUCCUUAACUUCCAAAAGAGAUAAACAACUUCACUCUGCAGCUGAGCCGAGUAACCUUCAGGAUGUCAAAUACAUUUUUCAGGGUAAAAUUAGCGUAGUAGUGAGUCAGAGAGAAGAAAUCUCAUCGCUACUCUUUUUGUCUUUUUUAUAUAUACAUUUUGUAGUUUGAUUGGCUUGGACAGCUUUUCCCUAUUAAUUUGUAUAAUCAAUUUUAUUCUUCAAUAUCUAAUAAAAAGCCUUGUGAUUUGUUCUUUUUAA